AAUCAUACAUAUUCUUGACUCUGGAAUGUCUCACCUUCAACAGGAAAUUGUUAAUUCGAAAAUAACAAAAGCCGAAUGGUAUUGAGCCUUUCUAGCCAUUUUCAGCUCCUGUACCAGUUCCAGGCCUAGACCCAGACCCAGUCCAGUCUUGCUAAUUAAUCGCCGGCAAAAUCAUAGCCAGCCGAAAUUCUUCUAGAAGCAAAAGAAGUACGGUACUGUCCAAUCCCACAUCUCAGAUGGGCUCCUAAUUAGACUUAAUUUUUAAUGCAAAUCGGAUGGUCACAUCACGUGAAGCUUAUGAUGUAUCUAAAGCGUCUUUUCACUCUUUGCAAGCAAAAUCUUCCUUCACGGUGACAAAUCUUCUAUUUCCAGUUCCAAAAUUUCCCAGAAACGAAAAUCGGGUACGGCACAAGUAUGUCGAAACACUCGGCUACACCACAUUUCUUUUUACUUAUGGUCACAUUUUCUGCCUUGCUUUACGCUGUCUAUUCAAGAACCCACCCAGGAGACUUGAAAGUCCUCAAAGAUCUGAAAAAGGGGCUAGACCCCAGCUCCAUAGCUGCUGGAUCAUGCUUGAGUUCAUGGGACUUCUCAUUGGACCCAUGUGACUACCUCUUCAGUGAACACUUCACAUGUGGGUUCAGGUGCGACAGAGUCGUCGCCGGCGCAUUCCGAGUCACUGAGAUCACUCUUGACCCGGUUGGAUACUCGGGUUCUCUCACUUCUACCGACUGGAACCUUCCAUACGCACAAAACUUAGAUAUUUCUGACAACUCCUUCUCUGGCUCAGUUCCCUGUUCACUCUCCAGGUUAACUCGUUUACAUCGACUCAGUCUCUCCGGAAACUCCCUUUCAGGUGAAAUACCUGAUUCUCUUGGAUCACUCUCUCAUCUUGAAGAACUUUAUCUCGACAAGAACCAUUUUCAGGGACCGAUACCGGUAAGUUUCAACGAUUUGAAGAGCUUGAAACGACUAGAAAUUCAACAAAACAACAUUUCCGGCGAGUUUCCUUUUCUGGGUUCUCUCAAAAACUUGUAUUUUCUUGAUGCAAGUGAUAAUAACUUCACUGGAGAAUUUCCCUCUGCAUUGCCAUCAUCGCUUGUCGAGCUCUCGAUUCGUAACAACAACUUGGAAGGAUAUCUCCCAGAGAAUGUGAGAGACUUGAAGUACUUACAAGUUCUUGAUCUCAGCCACAACAAGCUAUCUGGUACUAUUGUUUCAGUUCUGUUUGAUCAUCCUUCUUUACAACAACUCACUCUCUCCCACAACAACUUCACGUUUUUACAAGUUCCAAGUAACAUGGGCUUAACUAGUAAGUUAAUUGCUCUGGAUUUAAGCUUUAACGAGCUCCGAGGUUUUUUACCAGCUUUCAUGGCUUCAAUGCCAAAGUUGUCAGCUCUUUCCUUGGAGCAUAACAAGUUCACAGGAAUGAUACCAUCACAGUAUGCUUUGAAAGUAGCUGUUCCAGGGGGUAAUGCGUCGUCGUUUGAGAGGUUGUUAUUGGGUGGGAAUUAUUUGUUCGGACCCAUACCUGGUGUUUUAAUGGGCAUGAAACCGGGUUAUGCGAAUGUGAGUUUAGUGGAUAACUGUUUGUAUAGGUGCCCUGACACUUUCUUCUUCUGUCAAGGUGGGAAUCAGAAGUCUUUUGUUGAUUGUAAGAGCUUUGCUCCUAUGAUUCCAUAAACAAACUAAUCUAUAAUUAUAUGAUUAUCAUAUGCU